AUGUGUCUUUCUGAAAAUCAAAUUCUCCCAGAAUAUUACAAAGACUAUUUUACACUAUGUCAUAUUUUAGUAUGCAAGGCAGUUUCCUCAUGUUAUAAACAUCUAUCUAUCUAUCUAUCUAUCUAUCUAUCUAUCUAUCUAUCUAUAACCUUGAAGCUAGUUAAUAAGGCAUAUCUAUCUAUCUAUCUAUCUAUCUAUCUAUCUAUCUAUCUAUCACAUUCUGUUUAUAUCUAUCUCAUCUCUAUCAUCUAUCUAUCUAUCUAUCUAUCUAUCUAUCUAUCUAUCUAUCUCAUCUAUCUGUUCAGAUAUAAUGCAAUCACCCUGUAUUGCAUCUAUCUAUCUAUCUAUCUAUCUAUCUAUCUAUCUAUCUGCUCAUAUCUAUCUAUAUAUCUAUCUAUGUCAGUGAAUUCACAUCUAUCUAUCUAUCUAUCUAUCUAUCUAUCUAUCUAUCUAUCAUUCUAUCUAUCUAUCUAUCUAUCUAUCUAUCUAUCUAUCUAUCUAUAUAUCUAUCUAUCUAUCUCUCUCUCUCUCUCUCUAUCUAUCUAUCUAUCUGUAUAUGUCUUGAGAGAUGUUUGCCAGAAACAAGCUAUCUAUCUAUCUAUCUAUCUAUCUAUCUAUAUAUCUAGAUGCAGGCCAUUGAGAAAAGUCGCGAUAUUCCAUGAGUCUUCCGAAUGUAUUCUAUUUCCGUACAAACAAAGAAAAACCGAACCUCCAAUUGUCGUGAAUCUAUCUAUCUAUCUAUCUAUCUAUCUAUCUCUCUAUCUAUCUAUCUAUCUAUCUAUCUAUCUAUCUAAUUCGGUUUGCUUAAAGCGAGUUAACGAGAUCUUCACUAUUGUUUUUAUUUCGGCUAUUAUAAUUGUUCUCUACGUCUGUCUAAGUAGGCCAGAACCUCAAAAUCUCAAUGUGUUAUCUAUCUAUCUAUCCAUCUAUCUAUCUAUCUAUCUAUUUAGUAAUAUCUAUCUAUCUAUCUAUCUAUCUAUCUAUCUAUCUAUCUAUCUAUUUAGUAAUCUCUACCUAUCUAUCUAUCUAUUAGUACAUCUCUCUUACCAAUCUAAUUCUUGUCCUCUUUCUUUUUUUCUCUCUCUCUUUCUCUCUCUCUCUCUCUCUCACUCUCACUCACUCACCUUUUCACAAAUCCGCAUAUUUCUAAAACGAUCCGUCCAACGUAAGCACCAUUCAGAGCGAAUUCCUCACCCAAAUCCAUCCGAGUUCCGAGUUGGGGUGGCUGCAGCCGCACUGACAUGCUUCCGUUUCUUCAAAUAUUUACUUUGGCCGCCAUUCUUACUUAUGUUACUUGGCUUGUUGGUUAAUGGAUUGCUUUGCUUUCUGCUUUAUGCGACCCGGCAUCUCUUUUUGCUCAUUAUCAUUUCAUUAUCUAUCUAUCUAUCUAUCUAUCUAUCUAUCUAUUUAAGAUUUUUUCAAAUAUUUUUUAUUUUUUAUUUUUCUUCGCUCCGUUUAUUCUCUCUCUCUCUCUUUAUUUCUCUCUCUUUCUCUCUCUCACUAAUCAGAGUAAAAAUGUCAGCCCGAGAACCGGCAAUAAUUAUCUAUCUAUCUAUCUAUCUAUCUAUCUAUCUAUCUAUCUAUCUCAGUGUGUUCCUAUCUAUCUAUCUAUCUAUCUAUCUAUCUAUCUAUCUAUCUCUAUUUCAGUUUUUUCUUCUCUCCCUCCCUCUCUCUCUAAUCAGAGCAAAAACGCAGACGAGAACCGGCAAUAAAUAUCUAUGUAUGUAUGUCAGCGUGUUCCUAUCUAUCUAUCUAUCUAUCUAUCUAUCUAUCUAUCUAUCUAUCUAUCCCAUUUUGUUCAUAUCUAUCUAUCUAUCUAUCUAUCUAUCUAUUUCAGAUUUUUUUCAAAUAUUUUUAUUCUUUCUUUUCUUUUCUGUCCGCUUAUCCCUUUCUCUCUCUAAUCAGAGCAAAAAUGUCAGCCCGAGUACCGGCAAUAUCUAUCUAUCUAUCUAUCUAUCUAUCUAUCUAUCUAUCAAGCAAAAACGUCAAUCUAUCUAUCUAUCUAUCUAUCUAUCUAUCUAUCUAUCUUUCAGUUUUUUUUGCAAGAAGAAGAAGAAGAAGAAGAAUAGCUUCUCUCAAGAAAAUAAAAUAGAAGAAUCAGAGCAAAAAUGUCAAUCUAUCUAUCUAUCUAUCUAUCUAUCUAUCUAUCAGUUUUUUCUUUUCUCUCUCUCUCUCUCUAAUCAGAGCAAAAACGUCAAUCUAUCUAUCUAUCUAUCUAUCUAUCUAUCUAUCUAUCUUUCAGUUUUUUUCUUUUCUCUCACUCUCUCUAAUCAGAGCAAAAAUGUCAAUCUAUCUAUCUAUCUAUCUAUCUAUCUAUCUAUCUAUCUAUCUAUCUAUCAGUUUUUUCUUUUCUCUCUCUCUCUCUCUAAUCAGAGCAAAAACGUCAAUCUAUCUAUCUAUCUAUCUAUCUAUCUUUCAGUUUUUCUUUUCUCUCAAGAAGACUAA